CCACCCUAGGCCAAUACAUCCGCGCGCCGCCGACUCCUCCUCUUGCCCCCCCUCUCGCCGCGCCGCCGCCGCCUCUGCCCGUCAGACACACCUCCCCCCUCCUCGAGGACAAGGGACUCUCCUCUCUCGCCGGCGGCGGCCGUCGGCGACGACGUACUAGUACUCCACCCCCACUCAGCUGUACUGACGCGGCUUGUGUGGAUCCGAGCUUGGAUUGGUCGAUUCCUUCUGUUCUCGUAACCAUGGCCAGUGCCAAGCCCGCCGCUGAACAGAAGGCUAUGGAAGGGGGCGAGCAGGAGGCUCUGGAUGAAAUGGAGAAGAAGGUGCACAAGUACUCGCGGGGGAAGGCUGCUUACCUUGGGACUCUUCGCGACAAGAAAUUGAAAGGGCAGCUCGCCGCAAGAGAGAAGCUCUAUGGACACUCCGCCAAAGCCGCCGUUCAGACCGAGAAGUGGCUCUUGCCUACCGAGGGCGGCUAUUUAGAGCCUGAUGAUGAUGGUCUGGAGAAGACGUACAGAUAUCAGCAAACUUCGCUCCGGGAGGACGUGGAUCUUUUGAGUUCAAGAAAGCCAUUUGAUAUGAUCUUACCUUUACUUGGCCCUUAUACUCUAGGAUACACGGGAAAUGGCCGGUAUAUGGUAGUAGGUGGACGAAAAGGUCAUGUCGCUAUGAUGGAUAUGUUGAAUUUGGAACUCGUCAAGGAGUUUCAGGUGAGGGAAACUGUGCGCGAUGUGGCAUUCUUACAUAAUGAGCAACUCUAUGCUGUCGCCCAGAAAAAGUACCCCUACAUAUAUAAUCGACAUGGCACAGAAAUUCACUGCUUAAAGGAACAUGGUAAAUCGUUGAAGCUCCAAUUUCUGGAAAAGCACUUUCUCUUGUCAUCAAUAAACAGCUUUGGGCAGCUCCAUUACCAAGAUAUAAGCACUGGUGAGAUGGUUGCAAAUUACAGGACAGGUCUGGGACGUACUGAUGUUAUGCGGCUAAAUCCUUACAAUGCUGUUAUUGGCCUUGGGCAUGCUGGUGGCAAAGUUACCAUGUGGAAGCCAACCAGUGUGAAACCCCUUGUCACAAUGCUGUGCCAUAGUGGCCCUGUGACAGCCAUUGCAUUUGACAGGGGUGGUCAUCUUAUGGCAACAGCAGGUGUUGACAGGAAGGUCAAGAUUUGGGAUCUCAGGAAGUAUGAGGUUAUAAAUUCUUAUGCUGCACGUGCACAAUCCCUGGAUUUCAGCCAGAAAGGUUUGUUGGCCUGCAGCAAUGGAUCUCAAGUAGAGAUAUUCAGGGAUACCGGGGGACAGGAUUAUAAAAUUUAUAUGAAACAUAGAAUGGUAAAGGGAUACCAGAUUGGGAAGGUUUUGUUCCGUCCUUACGAGGAUGUUCUGGGGAUUGGUCACUCCAUGGGCCUUUCUGCCAUUCUUGUUCCUGGAUCUGGUGAGCCAAACUUUGAUACCUUUGUUGACAACCCCGUUGAGACUUCCAAGCAGAGAAGGGAGAAGGAGGUGCAAUCCCUGCUUAACAAGCUCCAGCCAGAGACGAUAAUGCUUAAUCCGAACAUGAUAGCUACCGUAAGACCUUCAAGGAAGAAAGAGAAGAAGACCAAGAAGGAGAUUGAGGAGGAGAUGGAAGACGCCGUAGAGGCUGCCAAGAGCAUCGAGUUCAAGAAGAAGACCAAGGGUAGGAGCAAAGCCAGCAAGCGGGCCAAGAAGAGGGAGGAAGAAGUUUUGAAAGCCAAAAGGCCGUUCCUGGAGCAACACAAGGAAAACGAUGGGAGGCCUGACAAGAAACAGCGGGUCAGCGAGGAGAUUGAGCUGCCAAAGGCCUUGCAGCGGUUCGCAAAGAGUAGGCAGUGACAAUGGAGCACAGAAUUUUCUUUUUCUUUUUGUUUGCUGCAACCUCAUAUUUAUCACUAGUGUGCAUUGUAUCGUGUAGCUGGCAAAUGUCAUAUCUGCUUCCUUGUGAACCAUAGGCUUUUGCACAUGAGGCAAUGGUGCACAGAAGUAAGCACCCAAAUUUUGUUCUGAAUCUUUUGUGA